AUGACAGAUGAUUUAUUGGAUUCGUUCAGUAAAUCAACGCCAAAGGAAAAUAUGUACAAAUUAUUCGCCAUUGAAGAGACGAUCAACCGCGACAAAUCUGCUGUGGCAAUUCUAAAUGGAAUGUUACAAUACGCUCGAAAUGUAACCACGAUGGAAGCUCUCGAAAAUGAUAUGACACAAAUUCUUCAUGAGAAUGAAGUCGCGUCAAGGCGAUUGCGCAGCAAAAAAGCAGCUAUGGAUCAAGAUAUUAAAAGAAGUGACCAAAAUGGCGCAUCAACCGGAAAAUUGUUGACUCGCUCUGGAAUAAAUUUAAAGUAUACCGUUAAGGAAAAAUUGUAUGAUGUAAGGGAAAUGAUUGACAACCAUGUUGAAAAUAUACAUUCAAGUGUAACUGAAAACGUCAAGCAAACCAUUGGAUACAUUCAAAAAUGGCAGAAAAGCAAUGGGAAACUAAUGAAAAGAAAUGGAAAACAUAAAGUUAAAUUGGAUAAAUCGUUGGAUGGCGUAAAACGACUUUGGGAUCAAGUCACGUCGGCCGAACACACUGAUUUCGAUGUUGAUUAUGACAAGACUCUAUCGAAUAUUGAUUUCAAUGGAAUUCGUAUCACGAAAGGCGAAGAGAUUGCUGUAGAGAGCUCACCGAAACCCAAAGUAAUCGUUGACACGAAUAUAGAUCGUUUCAAACGGCAGAAUACGGAAAAAUUUAUGGUCGAAGUUGAUAUUGAUGGUCCGCCGAAAAAGAGCGAAAAACAAAAUGACGAUGACGAAGAUAACGAAAUUGAUGGUGGUGAUAAGGACGACGGUAACAAAGGCGAAGAAGGCGACGAAGAUUUCAGCGGAAGUUCGGACUUUUCUGAAGAACCAGGUGGUCUUGUUGGCUUAAUUACAAACUUGAGCGGGGGUGAUGAAGGGUCAGACUUUAAUGCUAUCAUAGGUGCAAUCUCUCAAGUUUUGUCAAAUCUGCUUGGUCCCGGUGGUUUGGAUGUACCUGUGGUGGUCACAAGUGGAACGGCAUUACUCGCAAGUCUCCUCGCGGGCGAUGACAAUUUUGGGAAAUUUCUAGGGAACAUCGUAGGUUUGGCGAUCGAGGGUUUCUCCCAGGGAGGAGCGGCGAACAAUGGACAAUUUUUUGGACAAUUUCUCGGAAAAUUCAUAUCAGUUUUAAGUGCGGAUCCGGAAGAUCUCGACAAUGGCCCAUUGCAACCAGAUGUGUUCAUAAAAAAUGUGUUUGAUGGAAUUGGCAAAGGUUCAGCUAAAGAUGCAGUCGAGGGUGAUGAAAAUAAACCCGAUCAAGAUGAUGGCAAGGGCUCCGAUUCGGCUAAAUUCGUAAGUGGUUUGGUGUCGGGUAUUAUAGGAAUCAUUACAAAAGCAUCAGUAGGAUCGUCGGCUGGUUCGUCACAAGGAUCGGUGCAAGGAGUGACUGGUGUCUUAGGUGGUUCAUCGUCGGGAUCAUCAGGCACAUCAUCUGGAACAUCAUCAAAAGACGAUGAGGGAAAGGGACAAAGAUGAAAAAAAAAAUGUACAACAGUAGCAGUCAAAGUGACUAUUUUCAACCGUUUAUUUCCAAGUUAAAAUUUAAAUAA